CAUGACACGUAGAAAACAGCUGUCAAAUUAUUAGAAAGGAUCAAAACUCAAAACAUUCUCCGUUCGUGAUUUCGCAUUGCGAAUUGUAUUUAUUGGCUAGAACAUUUUAUUAGGUAAAAAUAAUUGGAAAUGGUGGACGAAAGUACACGAAAAACGCUCAGCAGUAUCCCAUUGCUGCAAACAAGGGCAGGACCGCGGGAUAAAGAACUCUGGGUACAACGGCUGAAGGAAGAAUAUCAAGCACUAAUCAAGUACGUUCAAAACAACAAAUCCUCCGACUCGGAUUGGUUUCGACUGGAAUCCAACAAGGAAGGCACGAAAUGGUUCGGCAAGUGCUGGUACAUUCAAAAUUUACUGAAGUACGAAUUUGAGGUGGAGUUCGACAUUCCAAUUACAUACCCAGCGACGGCACCGGAAAUUGCACUGCCAGAGUUAGACGGAAAGACAGCCAAAAUGUACCGGGGAGGAAAGAUAUGCCUGACGGAUCAUUUCAAACCACUGUGGGCUAGAAAUGUGCCCAAGUUCGGUAUUGCCCAUGCGAUGGCACUCGGGCUCGCGCCCUGGCUGGCAGUUGAGAUACCAGACUUGAUAGAGAAAGGUGUAGUUACCUACAAAGAGAAAGGAGAAUCUUCUGGUUAAUUUUUAACGCUGCAUGUUACCAUUUUUUUCUGUUUAAUACAAUAACGGUAUUUACUAUAUAAUAAUAAACAGGUGUACGCUUCAAUCCGCAGCUUGAGACAUCAUUUUUUUGACAGAAGUUAAAAUAAAAAAAUGUUUAAUGUUGCCUUAA